AUGGCGGGGUCUCGGCGUGGAACACGUGGCGAGGCUGCCGCGUGGCGGGAGCCCUUCUCUGCCUCUUCGGGAGGUGAUGGGCAGAGAUUGCAAGGCACACUCAUGAGGACUAGUUCACUCCCUGCUGUCAUUGAGGCUGUUGGCAAUGAUGAAUGGAAGAAACGUAAGGAAGCACAGAGUCUGAAGAGACUCGAGGUUAAGAAGAAAAGGAUUGUGAGGAGGAACUCUCUCACUUGCAACACUUCAAAAGAAGCGGCUGGGCAGAUUCCAGAAGAGAUGAAUGCACACGCUGACAAAUUAGUAAGUUCUGAUGAAGCUGUUGUGAUGAAUAACGAAAAUCACGAAAAUCAUAGCAGUGGCAAGCAUCUGGUGAAGGGGCUUCCCCCAAAGUACCAGGCUACAAUUGCAUCGCAAGAUAGUUUGUCAGCAGUGGGAAAGAAGCCAAACUCAGCCUUCAAAGUUCAUGGUUUCAAAGUUGUAGGUAUUAUCAUUGGCCACUCAUAA